AAUACUUGAAGAGAGAUGGGAGAUCAUCUUCUGUUUAUUCUGACACUGGAAUUCUACAUAACGUGAACUCAUCUACCUGUCCUCCUGACAUCACCAAACCACAUUAAUGCAGCUUUAAAUAGUGAUAUAUGCAGUAUUGCAUGGCCAGUUGGGUGGUCGCCUUUCACUCUCUAUUAGAUGUUUUCUAAUAAGAAGAAAGAUCAGACUGAAAUAUCACGCGUUUACAAUUACUUAUUGUGAUCUGCUUCGACUCCCAGAAAAGCAAGGACCCUUAUGGAGACAAGACCUGAUGUUUUUUCUGUGCUACUCUUCAUUGUUGUUCUGCACUCAGUUGCUGCUUCCCCUUCUUAUUCUUCUUCUUCUUCUGCCAAUCUCUCAUUUACAUUCUAUGCAGCUUCAUGUCCUUCUGCUGAGUUUAUGGUCAGAAACACAGUGAGAUCAGCUUCUUCUGUCGACCCAACUAUCCCUGGGAAACUCCUUCGCUUGCUGUUCCACGAUUGCUUCGUGGAGGGUUGUGAUGCAUCUGUGCUGUUGCAAGGAAACGGGACAGAGCAAAGUGAUCCAGCAAACAGAUCUCUCGGAGGAUUUUCUGUAAUAGAUUCGGCUAAAAGAGUGCUCGAAAUCUUCUGUCCAGGAACUGUUUCUUGCGCUGAUAUUGUUGUUUUGGCUGCUAGAGAUGCUGUUGAGAUGGCUGGCGGACCAGCAAUUCAGAUUCCAACAGGUAGGAGAGAUGGGAUGGUUUCAGCAGCUUCAAACGUCAGGCCCAAUAUUGUUGAUACGAGUUUUUCAGUGGAUGAGAUGAUAAAGCUCUUCUCUUCUAAAGGGAUGUCCUUAAAUGACCUUGUGACCCUUUCAGGAGCUCACACCAUUGGAACAGCUCAUUGCAGUGCAUUCAGUGAUCGAUUUCAAAAGGACUCCAAAGGGAAGCUCACACUCAUUGACACAUCCCUUAACAGUACUUAUGCAGACGAGUUAAUCAAACAAUGCCCUGCAGAUUCGAGCCCUUCUGUACUCGUUAAUAAUGAUCCCGAUACAUCCUUCAUGUUUGACAACCAGUACUACCGAAAUCUUUUAUCCCAUAGAGGGCUAUUCCAAUCAGAUUCUGUUCUCUUCAACGAUGAAAGAACCAGGAAACAAGUAGAGGAUUUCGCAAAUGACCAAGUUGGUUUUUUCGAGAGUUGGGGUCAGUCAUUUUUUAAGCUUACUAGCAUUGGAGUGAAAACAGGUGACGAAGGUGAAAUUCGAAGAUCUUGUUCAGCAACAAACACGUAAAGACAUGGAUAAUUUGCUUAAUUAGUAAGACGUCUUGUUUUGAGUUGUAAGUCCUCUUGUUGAUCAUGUUCGUGUGUUUCUGCUUGAAUUUCUUCUUGCUGUGUUUGGGAACACAACAACACAGGUGAGGCUCGUUUUUAAGAGUAGUGUGGAGAGACUGAAUAUUGUCGGUCCUAUCUAUGCUUUGUAAUUGCAUAAGUAAUAUCGCUUUUUUUUUUUUUUCCUUUUAAGUAUAAUAUAUUGAAGAGAGUGACUGCCUUUUGUGAGGGGAAACAAUACCUCUCAUGUCGUGUUCUGCUGUGUGCGCGAAUCAUCAUCAAUGGCUUGAAUACUUGUAUAUUUUGCUGAAGCUAAUAAAUUGAUUUGACAAA